AUGAAUUCAAUUUACAGCUCAAGUGCAACCAAUAGUAGUAUAUCAUUAGAAGAUUACAAAGAUCAGUUGAUACUGCAACAUCAAAAUCAUAUAAAUAUUUAUAAUACUGAACAACAAAAUUCAAUAAAUAAGAUCCUAAAUUCUUUUUCAUCAACUUCAAAAUCAGAUUCAAAUUUUGAAAAUGCUCCAUUAUUAACUGAAAAUCAAUCUCCAAAUUUUAUACAAAGUCCUACUUUUGAAAAUAAUAAAACUCCAGUAUUCAACAAUUAUGAAUUCACUUCUGAUUAUGAUACACCAAAACAAGAUAAUUUGUCAAAUUAUACUUCCAAUACUGAUUCAAAGAGUUCUGAUGAUCCGUUUAAAUCUCCUACAUCAAUAAAUGGUUUAAACUUGAGUUCAAGAAGUAAUUCUGUGAGAAGGAAACCACCACCAGAUUUAGUGUACGAAGAAACUAAAGAUAAGGCAAAAGAACCUACUGCGCUUGAAGAAUCUACUAUAUUAACCAGUAAAAUGAAAAGGAUGUCCAUAAAUAAUUUUGGUAAUUUAAGUCUGAAAUUCAAUUCUUUUAAAAGAUCAACUAGUUCCAAAUUAUUAUCACCUGAAAAGUCACCGAAACCAGACCAACAUAAAUAUAAAAUAGAGGAAGAUGUUAUUCAACACUCACAAAAUCAAUCGCCAGUACUAGACCCUUUUACUCAAAUAACUCCACCUGAAUCGCUUGAUUAUCCUACACAACAAAAUCCACCUCCAUUUUGGAAAUAUCAUAUUUUAAAAUUUGGUAAAGACUUGUACCUCACAACAAAUCCAGGAUCGAAACAUGUUCUAUGUAGAAAUGGACCAGGUUUUUAUAUUGAAGUUAGUAAUAACUCAGAUAAGGAAAAUUCAAAAAUCAAUUCAAUAGAUGGAUAUACUUUAAUAUUUAAAGAUUCAAAUUCAAUUGAUCAAUCAAUAACAAAUAAAUCUUUCAUGAAAAUUACAAAAAAAUCAAAAAAAGAUGGUGGUCAAUUUAUUUUCAGUAUACCAAAAGAUAAAUUUAUAAAUGAAGAAGGUAAUAUUGAAAAAUAUGAAGAUUUAACAAUUUUUAAUGGUUUUACUUUUCAACUGCCAAUAAAUGAUGAAUUUUUUCCCUAUGAAAAUUUAAGAAUGAAUUCUUCUCAAUAUUUCAAAAAUUAUGAAAUAAAGGAUCUAAAGGGUAAUUCAUGGAAUGUUGGAUCAAUUCCAAGAGUUAGAAUAAGUAAAAUUAAUCAGAUGAGGGGAAAAUUGAAAAGAUCGAAUUCAUCAAAUAAUGUUCAAGAUGAAGAAUAUAAAUUAAUAAAUAAAAGAAAUAUAUAUUUUCAUCAAAAUUAUAUUAAUUCAAGAAAGCAUUGCAAAUAUAAAGAAUCAAAUCCAAAAAGUAUUUAUUUAAAUGAUUCUAAAUUGUUUCCUCCUGUUUUAAGUAUGUUCAGACCAUUUGAAAAUAGAGUUAAAAAACUGUUUAUUCAAAUGGCUAAAAAUCAACAAGAUCAAUUUUCAAAAAAGACAUCAAUUACUUAUAAUAACAAUAAUAACGAUGAUUUUAUACUGAAUAAUCAAUCAAUUGAUGAUCCUCCAACAAAAUAUUUUAAUGGAAGUGAUGGAUUAUAUUAUCUGAAAAAUACUCAAGAUGAUUUACCAGAUGAAAAUAAAUUAGGUUGGAUUACAAUAUAUGAAGAUAAUGAAAUUUUUAAAGGUCAAGAAAAUAGAGGUAUGUUUGAUAUUGUUUUAGGUAUGACUUUGGCUGUUGGGUUUGAUUCUAUUUUGAAUCCCAAUGUUCCAUUCACUGGUUAUAAAGUUGAAUAUCAAUUUAAUUUAAGAAGAGGUCGUAAGGGAACUUAUCAUUUAAUUUAUUGUAAUGAUAAUAAAUUAAUUUAUGAUAUGAAUUUAAAUGAUACUAUACCAUGGACUAAGCCUGUAUUUUUUGCAAAUAACAAUCAAGUAAGUUCAUUAUCAACUAAAGAAAAUUUAAUAAUGGCAAGAAGGAAAACAUUUGCUCUAAGACAAAUUCCAAUUUUUUUACCAAAUACAUUAGUUGGAUCGAUUAAUUUUCUUCAAAGUAACUUGGGAAGUAAUGAAACAGUAUAUACUUCUUCUUCAAUUCAUAACUCGUUUAAAAGUAUGCCAUUAUUAGCUUCAAAUAUUUUAAGAAAUUGGUGUGAAACAAAUUAUAAAUUAAAUUUAAUUUAUCAUGUACCGAUAUUAACUACACCAAAUAUUGAUUCAAGAUUUUAUGAAUUUCAUAUCAAUAAUAAAAAUAAUUUGUUUAAAGCACAAGGUUUAAAAACAUCAAUUGAUAACGGGUGGAAUAAAUUUAUUUCAUUACUGGAAAAUUAUAACUUUGAAAAAUUUGAUUCAAGAAAUGUAACAAGACAAAAAUUUGAUUUGGUAUUAAAUAAAAUUAAUGAAAUUAUAGAUAAGGAAUUUAAAUUUUUAAAACUUUUUAAAAAAAAAUUGAAAAUUAAUCAAAAUUUAAAUAAUUUAUAUUUAAAUUUAAUUUUGAUAUCUAAAUUUAUUUCACAUUUUAAAUUUCAUAAAUUGAUGGCUAAAAUUGAUCAAAUAUUGAGCACUGCUCAAUGA